UAACAGCCGAUUUUUAAUGGACAGUUUACGUCAACAAUGGUUGGCCUUGUCUGAAGAAUCUUACUUUAAAGAAGUGAAAAUAGUAACACGCGAAUAUUUUAAUGUCAUGUCGGUGAUGUUUGAAUUGUUGUGAUAUACAAUUAAAAGCUGCAUUUGAUUCGAGCCUUGUUUUGUGAACAUUUUGAAAAGGAAAAGUCCAUUUUCAGCAAGUACACAAAAUGAGUGAUGCAAACAUGUUAGUUUUCUUAAGCAUCGUCAUGCUUGUGGGGAGCUUUUUAGCAGGUUCCGUGCCUUUAAUGGUAAAUCUGUCUGAGGAUCGCCUAAACCUUGUAUCUAUUCUGGGAGCAGGUCUUCUAGUUGGUACAGCUCUUGCAGUAAUAAUACCAGAAGGAACACAAAUGCUUUAUUCUCAACAGCUUGAAGAAAUCAAACAGAAGUAUGAACAUAUAAAGGACACUGCCAACAUCCCACAUGAAGAUACCAAUCACCAUGAAGAGGGACUCCACUCUGUAAUUGGCCUUGCACUUGUACUAGGAUUUGUGUUUAUGCUUUUAAUUGAUCAAAUUGGAACAUCCAAGUCCAGAGAUCCUGAAAGUGGCACUGUAAGAAGUAGUAGGUCAUUCCAAGCUACAUUAGGUUUAGUUGUACACGCCGCGGCUGACGGUAUUGCUCUAGGGGCUGCAGCGACAUCGUCCCAUGCAGCUACAGAAAUGAUUGUUUUUUUAGCAAUCAUGUUGCACAAAGCCCCAGCUUCGUUUGGAUUGGUGACUUUCCUUUUACACGACGGCUUAGAUCGGGCCCGGAUCCGUAGAUACCUACUUGUUUUUUCUCUGGCAGCGCCUCUAGCGGCGCUGGCUACUUACUUUGGUCUCAGUCAAAAAAGUAAAGAAACACUUUCGAGCGUGAAUGCUACGGGCUUUGCUAUGCUUUUUAGCGCUGGCACUUUCUUGUACGUUUCGACUGUCCAUGUCUUGCCAGAAAUCGUUAUGCGCUCAGGAGGUCACUCCCAUCAUUCGCCGUCCGACGGCGUCGACAAAAUUGGAUUCACGCGCUGUGAACUGUUGGCUCUCGUCUCUGGUGCUCUUCUUCCGCUAGCGUUGACGGCAUUUCAUCAUCACUGAACGUCACGUGCAUGCACAACCAACGGCCACUUCCUAGUCUUCAUUCAGACUAGGGUGACUUGCAGUGACUGUAUGUUUUCACGUUGCAGAUCUAGGACGCAUGGAAGUGCAAUUCCUUCUUUCCCUUCUCCCCCCCCCCCCCCCCAUGAUAUACACAGUGUGCUGACGAGUGAUUUUAGUGUCACAAUUUUAUAUGCGUCCAUUUCCUACAUGUGGUUUGUUAAUAAACUUGAAUAUUUACUGGGAAUUUGUCACAUUCUGUCAUGGUGAAGACACUGUCGUAUGUGCCAGCGCUCAAUAAGUUCUAUGAUCGUGAUAGUUUCUCCUUUCACGUGCCUUUACAAAGCCUUAGUUGGUUCGCCCACGUCUUCAAAAUAUUUGACUUGUGUACAUUGCGAAACAUUAUUAUAACGCAAAACGGUCAAAUAGACUAGGGUAUAAUUUC